CGCCCCCCGUCUGAUCCAACUGCAACUCCUCCUCUCCGUUUCCAUCUCCUGGUCCUCCUCCUCCUCCUCCUCCUCCUACUCUCUCUCUCUCUCUCUAUAUAUAUAUAUAUAUAUAUUUCUUGUCUAUCUACUUGCUCUUGUCUAGCUUUUAGUUUGUUUUUGCUCUUCCGGUUCUGUUUUGAUGGCCGUGGAAGCGUCGCUUCCCCUGACCUGCAACGGGGGAGUGGAGUGGAUGGAAGGUGGGUUGUUGCCUUCUGAGUGCUAUCAGCCUUACCAGCAGCAACAGCAGCAGAUGAUGAUGGGUUGGUUUUCUUCUCCUCCACCAUCGAUGACGGUUGCUUCGCCUUCCAUUUCCCUCACCAAUCGCUAUCUUUCCAUGGAUGAGUCUUUGACCAACCUGUUGGAGAUACAGAGGAACGAGAUGGAUCAGUACCUUCGCCUCCAGAGCAACCGGCUGAGAGCGGCGCUCCACCUGCAGAGGAAGCAGCACAUGGCCUCGCUUCUCCGGAGCCUCAAGUCGAAGGCCUCCUUCCUUCUGAGCCAGAAAGAAAGCGAGCUGACGAAAGCGCGGAAGCGAACGAUGGAACUGGAAGCGUGCCUCAGGAGAGCAGAGGAGGAGAGGGAAACGUGGCGGAGGAUCGCCAGGGAGAACGAGGCCUUGGCCAUGUCUCUGAACCACACUCUGGAUCAAGUCCGAGAACCCUGCUUCUCCUCCACCGGCGGCUUCUCGACGGAGGUGGAGGCCGUCGCCUCGUGCUCUGGCGACCCAUUGGCGGUGGAAGAACCGAGGGCGGGCAUGGGGAUGGGGCUGUGCAAGGCGUGCGGGUCUCGAGAAUUGCGCGUGCUGCUGCUUCCCUGCAGGCACCUCUGCGCGUGCGAGCGCUGCGAGGCCUUCCUCGAUGCCUGUCCCCUCUGUGGUUCCGUGAAGGAACGCAGCGUUGAGGUCUUCUUAGUCUGAGGGCAGAGGAAAAAUAAAACAUGGAAACAGAGAUAAACAGGAUGGAAGAAUACAGAGAGAGCCAGGGUGGAAGAAGAAAACGACAAGACUUCAGAUUGAACGACGACACCAUUUUGAUGACAUUAAUUUCUUUCUUUCUGUCAGUGGUUUCUUCCGGUUGGAGGACUCCACUCUCUGCAUGAAUUAAGAGCGAAGGAAAGACGAAGUGAAUGAACCUCUGUUUUUUUUUUUUUUUUACCAUGUUAAUUUUGAAUGCC